CACUGAGGAUAUGCGCAGGUGGGCUGCCAUUAACCUCCUUAGAAUCACUACAGGUGGAAAUGGGGGAAAUGCCUUUGGAUAUAAGAAGACAAAUGCUUUCAAGUAAAUAUAGACAAAACAUCGAAAGAUGGGCGAAUCAUCCGUUGUUAAAAAACAUUGAACCAUGUUGGCAUUUUGAAUACUUGAAGGGGAAAAACGUAAACAAACCUUUUGGAUAUAGAAUACAAAGCAAGCUGGGAAAACGUAUAGAAACGAUAACCUACUCCCCAUUUCCACCAUGGUUAUUCUACCCUCCGGCAGUGUCAACGGAAUUAAGUACUCGAAUAAAGAAAACAGAUCAUCCUACACAACAAAAACAAAGCAGCCUGGAAAUCAUACAUACUAAAUGGGCGACUCAAUUACAUAUAUACACCGAUGGAUCAAAAGUACCUGAAAGAGGGACCUCUGCAGCUGCUUUUUACGUCCCUUACUAUUCUGUACAUCGGAGCAAAAGGUUAGCAAAUUUCACCUCUUCGUACAGGGCUGAAUUGGCUGCCAUCAUUCUUGCUCUCAGAUGGGUAGAUGAAUUAGACAUUUAUGUGGGGGUUGUUAUUUUUAGUGAUUCACUGAGUGCACUUAUUGCAUUACAACAACAGAAGGACGAAUCUUUUAUUCUGGAAAUUCUCACCAUGACUACUCACUUAAAGAAUAAAGGAGUUGAUAUAUAUGUAGAGUGGAUACCUGGACAUUGUGGAAUAAAAGGGAACGAGAUGGCGGAUUUCCACGCAAAGGCCGCAUUAGUAAAGAAAAUAGAAGUCAAUAAUAACCUAAAUAUGUCAGAAAUGAAAAGCUUAAUUACUACAAGUUCCAAACUCCUUUGGCAAGAAAGGUGGAACAAAACCAACUCGUAUUUGAAAACAUAUCAAAAAGAUGUUAAUAAACCAUAUAUAUGCUCAUUAGAGAGACAACAUUCAACAAUAAUACAUCGACUCCGCUUUGGAGUCCUUGGACUUAACCAGGAUCUCCUCAGAUUGGGAAUUCAUGCUACUGGUUUCUGUAAUAGAUGCCCCAGUGAAAUAGAGACUGUAAAACAUUUUUUAGUACAUUGCCCUAACUAUAUUAUAGAAAGGGCUAUGUUUCUAACAGAAAUUAACGAAUCCCAACCUGAAAAAAUUAUGGAAUACUUAAAAAAGAGUGAGUCCCGUAUACAAAAAGCUAUUGUACGGUUCUUUCUCAGAACGAAACGGUUCCCUAUCAGGAAGUAAUACCUCCCUUGAUGAACAGUAAAAUAUAAUACAAUAUUAUAAAUAUGCUAAAUUACACUCAGUACAUUAAAAAUAUAAUAACAUAAUGUAAUAAGAAAAUAA